GACCACGACAACAACCACACGCAAACACAGCAACAACCGCCAAGAUGUUGUCCGGCCUGCUGCUGUUCAAUCAAAAGGGCGAAUUGCUCAUCAUGAGAGCCUUUCGCCAGGACAUGCGACCACGACUCGCCGAUGUCUUCCGCAUUCAAGUCAUAUCGAACCCACAGAUCCGGUCCCCAAUUCUCACGCUCGGGAGCACGACCUUCAGCCAUAUCAAAAGCGAGAACAUCUAUAUUGUCGGUGUAUCGAAGGGAAAUGUCAACAGCGCACUGGUCUUUGAGUUCCUGUACAAGCUCGUCCAGCUGGGCAGGAGCUACUUUGGACGGUUCGACGAGGAAGCAGUAAAGAGCAACUUCGUGAUGGUGUACGAGCUGCUAGACGAGAUCUUGGACUUCGGAUACCCGCAGAACACAGAGACGGAAACGCUGAAGAUGUACAUCACCACGGAAGGAGUCAAGAGCGAGCGAGCACUGGAGGACAGCAGCAAGAUCACAAUGCAAGCUACCGGAGCCCUGAGCUGGCGACGGGACAACAUCAAAUACCGGAAGAACGAAGCCUUUGUUGAUGUCAUUGAGGAUGUCAAUCUACUAGUGUCAGCCACUGGAACAGUAUUGCGAGCCGAUGUGAACGGAGCCAUUGAGAUGCGAGCAUACCUAUCCGGCACACCCGAGUGCAAAUUCGGCCUGAACGACGCGCUCACGCUUGGCUCUCAUUCUGGAGGCCUGGAUGGCGCGACUGGGCCUAUUGGCAACCUGGCAGGCAGCAAAGCGACGAAAGCAGCAGCUGGUAGUGUCACGCUCGAGGACGUCUCUUUGCACCAAUGCGUCAAGCUCAGUUCAUUCACAACAGACCGGACUAUUUCCUUCAUUCCGCCAGAUGGAUCUUUCCAGCUCAUGUCUUACCGCUGUUCGGAGAACGUAAACUUGCCCUUCAAGGUCCAGGUCAUCGUCAACGAGAUUGGUCGCAGUAAAGUCGAAUACUCAAUAGCCAUACGUGCGAAUUACGGUGCAAAGCUCUUUGCUACAAAUGUCAGUGUACGGAUACCUACACCUCUCAACACGGCAAACACGACGCACCGCUGUUCGCAAGGCAAAGCGAAAUACGUACCUGCUGAGAAUGUGAUCGAAUGGAAGAUCGCCCGUUUCACUGGACAGAGCGAGUUCGUCUUGUCGGCGGAGGCUGAGUUAUCUGCCAUGACAAAUCACAAGGCGUGGUCAAGACCGCCGCUCAGUAUGCAGUUCAGUUUGCUCAUGUUCACGAGCUCUGGCUUGUUGGUGCGGUAUCUCAAAGUGUUCGAGAAGAGCAACUACUCCAGCGUGAAGUGGGUCCGCUACAUGACAAGAGCUGGAAGUUAUGAGAUACGUUUUUGAGCGUCUGCAGGUGACGGAUGUUGCUGUGUCGCUGGACAGGAGAAGACGAUAUCACUGCAUUGCAAGCAGGGCAGGUGCCUGGCACACCUCCAUGCAACAAUCACCUGAAAAGCAAUUUAACUAAGUGAGGCAUUGGUAAUAGUGAGUAAGAUGACGCUUCGGCUCUCAGCGCUAUCACGACACCGCGCCGUGCACACACGCAUUACCGACCACGACAUGGAACAACAAGCUAAUAUCAGUGCCAUUGGUCAAGACCAGCGUCUGGAGAGUGCGACUGCCGCAAUCGCCAUACCCGACUCCAGCACAGCCCCUAUCGCGCCAUUGUC